AUGCCAAGACUCAAGAGACGUCCGAAUGUAAAACCCAUUCCCGAGCAGGAUCCCAGUGCACUGCUUCGUGAGCAUAUGGUCAAAAAUAUCGAUGCACACAAUAUGCUUGUUUCCGAAUAUGAUGUUGUUAACCGACAAAGGCCAUUGCCAUUUUGGAAACGAGAUCUUAAAAUUCCUCAAUGGCUUUUAUUAGUGUUAGUGUCAUUGACUAUAGUUUUAUUUACAGGUUUUAUUUUAUUUACUACCGUUGUUACAUUGCAAAAACAAACGAAUGGAGGUCCAUGUAAAUCGAAUAGUGAUUGUCGUCAGGAUCUUGGUUUAAUGUGUAAUAAUUAUCGUUGUGGUUGUGCAUAUUCGCAUUUUUGGAGUGAUACAUAUGAUAUUUGUGAACGAAGACGAAUGAUCAAUCGAACAUGUGUUGAUGAUUCUAUGUGCGACUCAUUAGCAAAUUUAGAGUGUGAAAAUGUUACACUUUCAAGUGGUGGUUACCAAUUGCAAUGUCAAUGUCAAACUUCCAUGUCUUGGAGUGGACAUAGUUGUGUUUAUCAACUUACAAUUAACCAAUCAUGUACUCUUAAUGCGAAUUGUGAUAGUAGCCGAUUCCUAUUUUGUGAUGCUUCGAUCGGAGGCUACUGCAAUUGUAAUGUAUCGAUGUUUUGGAAUGGUGGGACUUUAAAGUCUGGUACAUGUGAAUAUAAACGUACAGUAGGUGAAUACUGUUAUCCGUAUAAUCAUAAUUGGUGCGAUGAUACAGGUCCUAUUGGUCAAGGCCUUACUUGCACUGCAUAUACAAAUCCUUAUGGAAGUGAAUAUGGUGUAUGUCAAUGUUCUACAAAUCAAUAUUAUAAUGGUACUGCUUCGUUAGCUAACGGAUAUUGUGUAAAUCAACAUCGAUAUAAUGAAUCAUGUACAUUAACAUCUCAAUGCGAUUAUCGAGUUAAUUUAAUAUGUUCAAAUAAUCUUUGUACAUGUCCAUCAGGUACAAAUUAUGAUUCUACAAUGAGUAUUAAUGGUAUUACAGGCUAUUGUACAGCGGCUGAAGGUUAUAUGGAUAAUUGUACAGCUUCUUUGACAUGUAGUUCAUCACAAAGUCUUUAUUGUGAUUUUACAUAUUAUGGUAACGUAUCAGCGUCUGGCAAAUGUCUAUGCAAUAGUUCAUGGUCUUAUUGGGAUGGUACAACGUGCGCAAGUAAAUUAUCAAUUGGUGGCGAAUGUUCAAGCAAUAUCAAUUGCAUAUCAUCACUCGGUCUAUUUUGUAGCAAUUAUACACAAUCGAUGGGGACAUGCGAUUGUGACAGUUCUCAUUAUUGGAAUGGUACAUGUUCACUUAAACUAUGGUAUAAUGUAUCGUGUACAUCGUCAUAUGUUUGUGAUGAUAAUCGCGGCUUACAAUGUCAAGGUCUUGGUGGUAUUAUGUUUCAAAAAUGCGAUUGUUAUAAUACAAGUUAUAUUUGGGAUUCAUUGUACAUUACUCGACAGGAUAAAUGCAUGCUUAAACUAGGAUAUAAUCAGUCGACCUGUCAUGGUAAUCUUGAAUGUCAAGAUUAUAAUUAUUUAGUAUGUAAUGGUACUAAAUGUGCCUGUCUUUAUACGGCUUAUUGGGAUGGUACUGUAUGUCAACCGAAACGAAAUUAUACAGAUCCAUGUUCGUUUACUUAUCAAUGUCGAGAUUUUGGCCCGGUGAAUCUAAUCUGUAUAAUGGGCACAACAGUACCGCCAGUUUUGCAAUGUCUUUGUAAUGCGACUUCAUUUUGGGAUGAUUGUCAACAAGCAUGCGUUGUUUCUAAAAAGAUUUAUCAAUCUUGUACACUUACUACGAACUGUUCAAGUAAUGAAUGUGAUAAAGCAGCAAAUUUACAAUGUCUUAAUACUAGCCUUUCAUCUAACGCAGGAUGGUGCAAUUGUACUAGUUUACAAUGGUGGAAUGGCUCUUAUUGUCGUGACAAAGGCAUACCAGCUUGGGGAUCGAAUUCGAGUGCCCUAUGCAAUUCAUCAUAUCAAUGUGCUGAUUACAAUUUAGUUUCCUGUCCUCUCGGGGCCAAUUGGCCAAGUCUAAAUUCAACUUGCGAAUGUGCUACAACUAAGUAUUGGAAUGGUGUGACGUGCCUAGAUCGAGUUAUGAACGGUCAGCCUUGUACAUUAUGGAAUACUUCUGCAGUAAAUACAAGUACUUGUUUAAAUGCAGCUGGUGCUGGGCUACUUUGUAGUAGUAAUAGUAGUUGUACUUCGGGAACUUGUACAGGCGGGACUUGCUAUUGUCCUAGUGGUACGAGUUGGAAUUCAACAUUUCUUAUAUGUGUGAGCACGAGUUCUGGAUAA